AUUAUUACAAUACGCCAGGCGACCGUCACCUGCUAACACUGGUUGGUGAGGUAAACUUGUAUUUACCUCAACAAUUGUGAGUUAUGGAUUCUCUUAACACUGAGAGGAUGUCGUCAUCACAGCGAGAAGUGCUCAUGGACCAAGUUAAACAACAGAUUGUUAUUGCCAACACACAAGAACUGCUGACGAAAAUGGGUGAAAAAUGCUUUUCAAAGUGUAUCUCAAAGCCGGGAUCAUCGUUAGAUAGUUCUGAACAGAAAUGUUUGGCAAUGUGUAUGGACAGAUACAUGGACUCCUGGAACCUUGUUUCGCGAACAUAUACGAGUCGUCUCCAACGAGAGAAGAACUUCCAAUAGUGACAUAAUUAUUUGAUUUUUCAUAGUUUAUAUAGGCGAAAAACUUAAAUCAAUUAAUACUAUAUUUAUGAUAAUUCAUAGUCUGGAUGGUUUUCAUUUAAAGUAAGAAUUUUUACUUCAAAGACUUAAGACAUUAUUGUUACUCCUGUAGGUCCUUUUGAAUUCUUCCAUAAGAGCUUCAAUUACUGUACUGUUGUGAUGGCUUGCCUGCCACAAGGUUUUCAUAUUGUGGUUCAUGGGGACACAUUGGUGAAUUAAGAAGUGUUCAAUUUAUUAAUUAUUUACAGUAUUUAUGUCCAUCUAAGGAAAGUUUUGUAUAAGUAACAUUGAUGUAAAUAUUCAGUAACUGCUUAUGUAUAUGAUAUUUUUUAUCUUGACUUUUUCCUUUUAAAAAUGUUAGGUUAAAGGUAUUAAACUGUGGCAGUUAUAUAAGAGCUCUACCUCCAUUGUGUUGGUGACAAAUAUACUGUAAUGCUACUGUAUUCAAAUAGGGACAUUUUGAAGAUUAUUCAUGGCAAAUUUACUAGUGUACAGUAUAUACUGUAAUACACAACGUCAUGUUUUAUAUAUUUGCCGAGUCUCAGGUUUAUUUUGUAAAGCAUGUUAGUAGAAUUAGUUUGACUUUCAAACAAUGACAUAACUAGAAAUACUGAAUUUCUAGGUAAGAUUGGAGAGCCAAUGUGGCCAUACAGAGACUUAAACAACAAAGGUUAUACUAUACAGUAGUUAUCAAGUUUCUUGAUGAUAUUAUUGAUAUAAAGUAACUCAAACAUUAAUCUAAGCAGGAAGGGUGCCACUAAAAACUAUCUGCUGACUUGUUUUUUAUAAAUAAACACUUAAGGAUUAUAAUUUCACAACUGUGUAGGUUGUUCAGAUGAUGUAAAUAAACUGAUGUAUUUUGA